AACGCGCGUGCGGCGCAGGGGCGGGAGCGCUGCUGGGCGCGGGGAUGGCUCCCGGCGGACGGGCAGCGCUGCCUGCGGGCCAUGGGCUCCCCUGAAGGGGGAACGGCCGAGCCCCAGCGCCCCGGGGGAUGCGGAGCCACGGAGGCGGCGGAGCCUGUGACUGACACAGCCCCAGCCCGCGGCUGAAUGGAAAGGCUGCAGAAGCAGCCUCUGACCUCCCCUGGGAGCGUCUGCUCUUCGCGCGGAUCCAGCGUUCCCGGCUCUCCCUCCAGCAUCGUGGCCAAAAUGGACAACGAGGUCCUGGGCUACAAGGACCUGGCUGCCAUCCCCAAGGACAAAGCCAUCCUGGACAUCGAACGCCCCGACCUGAUGAUCUACGAGCCCCACUUCACCUACUCGCUGAUGGAGCACGUGGAGCUGCCCCGCAGCCGGGAGCGCUCCCUGUCUCCCAAAUCCAUGUCUCCUCCUCCAUCUCCAGAGGUGAUCCGGGAGUGGCUGGAGAGCCGCCCCCCCAGCAGCACCCCGCUGCCCCCCUCGCGCCAGGGCCCCGCGCCCACCCGCAGCAGCGUCCAGCACUUCCACCGCCCCGAGACCGACACCACAGAGCUCAACAUUUACAAGAAGCCCCCGAUCUACCGGCAGAAAGACCACCAUUCCAGUGCCCACCACGGGAAGCAUCUCAUCGAGGACCUGAUCAUCGAAUCCUCCAAAUUCCCGGCGGCGCAGCCCCCAGACCCCAACCAGCCCGCCAAGAUCGAGACCGACUACUGGCCCUGCCCGCCCUCGCUGGCCGUCGUGGAGACGGAGUGGAGGAGGCGGAUGGCGUCCAAGAGAGGCGAGGAGGAGGAUGAGGAUCUGACCGAGGAGAUGAAGAACCUGCGGGAGCUCCAGAGGCAGGAGCUGAGCAAGGUCACCUCCAACCUCGGGAAGCUGAUCCUGAAGGAGGAGAUGGAGAAGUCGCUCCCGAUCCGGAGGAAAACUCGCUCGCUGCCGGACCGGACGCCUUUCCACACGUCCCUCCACACGAGCUCCAAGAGCUCCUCCCUCCCCGCCUCCGGCCGGAGCACCCUCACCCGGCUGCAGUCAGCAGAGUUCGGCUCGGCGGGGAGCGAGAAGGGGAGCCCUGCCCUGCAGAACGGCCAGCGGGGACGGAUGGACAGAGGGAACUCCCUGCCCAGCAUGCUGGAGCAGAAGAUUUACCCCUACGAGAUGCUGAUGGUGACGAACCGAGGCCGAGUGAAGCUCCCGCCCGGCGUGGACAGGACCAGGCUGGAGCGCCACCUGUCCCCCGAGGAUUUCCUCAAGGUGUUCGAGAUGUCACCGGAGGAGUUCGGCAAGCUGGCGCUGUGGAAGCGCAACGAGCUGAAGAAGAAAGCCUUCCUCUUCUGAGCCCUCCUCCUCCUCCUCCUCCUCCUCCUCCUCCUCGGGCCAGCUCCGUCCGUGUCGCGCCGUGGAAUCGCUUCAGGGCUCCCCAGCCGGUUUUUAUUGGGGUUCCCCCCGCAGCUCCUCCUCCAGCCCCCCAAAUUUGCGCCCCCCCAAAUCUGCGCCCCCCAAAUCUGCGCCCCCCACCUCAAUCCUGGUGGGAUUGGGGGGGAUUGAACCCGCCUGGCACGGGGAGAAGGUGGGGUCGAACCUGCCUGGCACGGGUUGGGGAUUGGGGGGCUCCAACCCGCCUGGCAGGGGGGAAUGGGGGGGAUUGAACCUGCCUGGCAUGGGGAGAUGGGGGCAUCGAACCUGCCUGGCAUGGAUGGGGCUGGGGACAUUGAACCUGCCUGGCAUGGGGAGCUGGGGGGGCACAAACUUGCCUGGCACAGGGAGCUGGGCGGCUCCAACCUGCCUGGCAUGGGGAGAUGGAGAUGGGGGCAUCGAACCUGCCUGGCACGGGGGGAUGGGGCUGGGGGGGAUCAAACCUGCCUGGCACAAGGGAUGGGGGGGCUCCAACCUGCCUGGCACAGGGGGAAGGGGCUGGGGGAACUCGAACCAGCCCCUGCCCCCUGGUGGGCACGGUUCGGCUGAGGGGGUCUCUGGGCCUUGUGCCCCCCUUUCCCCCCCCCCCCCAGGAAUGUGCCUGGCUCUGCUUUCAGCCCCCUGGCACCGCUGAGGUGGCGCUGGGCGGUUCUGCUGUCCCCAUCUCCCACCCCGAGGUGCCCCCCAAGGUGCCCCUGUGCCCACCCCGAGGCUCGGGAAGAGCCCACACUGCCAGACCGAUGUUCUCCCAGCAAAGCCAGGCCUAAAUCCCAGCUCAACCCCCAAUCCCUGCAGCCCCCCAGCUCUGUCCCCCCCCCGGUCCCUCCUGUGCCAGGAGCUGCAGAGGGGACCCCAAGGACACACUGCCAACGCCCCCCAGCUCCGGGCUGGGCAGAGGGGCAGGGGGGGCACCCCGGGGGUGGCAGGGUUGGGGUGGGGGGACCCUGGGGCAUCUCCAGCUGUGGAUGGGGGGGAUGCAGGGGGCGAUGAUUUGGGGGGCACAGGAGCGAUGAUCUGGGGGCAUUAGGGCGAUUAUUUGGGGGGCACUGGGGUGAUGAUUUGAGGGGCACAGGAGAGAUGAUUUGGGGACACUGGGGCAAUGACUUCGGAGGCACCAGAGCGAUGAUUUCAGGGGCACAGGAGAGCACUUGAGUGAUGAUUUGGGGGGCACAGGAGUGAUAAUUUGGGGGGCACUGGGACGAUUAUUUGGAGGGCACUGGAGUGAAGAUUUGGGGGGCACAGGAGGGCACUGGAGUGGUGAUUUGGGGGGCACAGGAGGGCACUGGAGUGAUAAUUUGGCCACCGAACAGACACGGAUGGACUGGAGCAGGGCACGGCUCGAUGGGCACCGUGCCCGCUCUCCAGGGCUCGCCACUGUCCCUGUCCCCUCCCGGACAAGGCUCGGCACCGGGCAGCACCUUCCCUUCCCUUUCCCCUCUCCAGGCACACGUUUUGGGCAGGACCCCUCUCUCCCCGCACCCCCUGACCCCUCCACGCUCCCCGGUUUUUGUUUCCAGCCACUUUCCAGCCGCUAGACCUUGUUGGGAUGUAAAGAAUGUAAUUUAUCGGGAAUUCACUGGCCCAUACUUGCCUUUCACUGCUACAAACGACAUAUCUAUAAAUAUAUAUAUAAAUAUGGGUUGUUUUCGGACUGGACUACAGUGAUUCACUUUCUCUGUUUUUUGUUAGAGUUUAUUUUAUUUGCUGGUGUCGGAGAAUCCGCGUGAGAGUGAUUUUUUGCUUACAAUUAAAGGUGAAAUGGCUUUAUCCA